AUGCUGGCAGCUACAAAACAACCUAUUAGGCCAUUAGGCGAUAAACCCGUUUCCAUUGACAAAACUGUCAACAACUUCGUCAAUUUAAGUACAAACAUAGCUGAUAAGAAUAGAAAUAAGACUACUAAUGCUACUAAUAUGAACCAACAAGCCGAUCAUAUAAAUAUUACUUCUGCACCCACUUCCACGUUUAAUAAAAAUAUUAAUUCUCCAGAUUAUAGCUACUAUUUAAAUUAUUCUGUCGAAUCUCCCAUGGCUACAGACUCCUCAACUACACCUUUUAGUAAUAAUGAAACUACUAGUGGUAAUCUAUAUCCACCUUUUUCACAAAAAUCAGAUAAUAAUAACAUAUCAAGCCCUAAAACUAAAAACAACAAUAACAACGACAGUAAUAAUAACAAUAACAAACUAGAUCCUGCUGCAACUAUCCAUUUCCCUAUAGAUAACCAAAUGAAUGAUUUCUCAGGUUCAAAAGAUAACUACCUUAUUAACAAUCCAUCUAAUAGAUCAUCUUCCUCUAUCUCUUCUUCUAUUACAAAAUUAAACACUGCUAGUAAUAGCACAGCAAAUUUAUCAAAAUUAAAUUUUAGAUUGAAUUAUGGUACUUCUACUACAAGUUCUUCGGACAAGACUGUUUCAAAUCCAAAUAAUGAUCACAAUUCAGUCUCUACUAAUGAAAAUAAUAAAAUCCAUAGUUCUGCUCCUUCAACAAAUAGUAAUAUAGAUGGGUUAACAUUAACUAAUGAUUCACCAAUUAAUAAUUUGUCUGGUCCUUCUGCUAUGAAUGAUUUAUUAGAAUUACUAGAUGCAAAGGAAACCGAAAAACAACAAAAUAAUAGUAUACUGGAUACAACUACUGCAGAAAUUGCUGAUAGUAAUGAUAGUAACAACAAUAAUAAUAAGCCAUUUUCAUUCCUUGAUGAUUCCUCCCCAUUAACAUUGCAAUAUAAUACAGAAAAUGAUUUUCUUCAACUAGAUGACGUAUUUGGAAAUGAUACUUUACCUAUUAAUAGGAGAACAAGUAUCGUGGUAAAUAAUAAAUUCCCAAGUUUGACAAGUACAAGAAAUUCUAUAUCUCAUAAUGUAGAUUUUUGGAAUAUGAACCCAAAGAAAUCUAACGAGAUUGAUUCUUCUUCUAUGAAUAUUGAUCCAACGAAUACAGAGUUUUCUAAUAACAUUUUAAACAUUGAUAGCAAUAAUAAUGUAAACACUAAUUCUAUUUCCACACAGCCAAUUAAUGAUAAUGUUACUCAGGUAUUAAGUGGUUAUAAUAUGGAUUUUUCAAAGGAUAUUAGCAAAUCUAACAGUACUAUCCAUAACACUUCCACUAAUUCUACUGGAAAUAAUGACAGUAAUACAAUCUCUACAGAUUUUAAUAAUUCCUUAUAUUCACCAAAGCAAAAUACCUCACAUAAACAAAGAACUUCUGUUCCUUUGAUAUCUGAGUCUCUAAAUAGUUCAUUUUAUGCAAACAGUAACGAUAAUGAUCAAAUAUUGACAGUAGAUAAUAAUAGUAUCGGUUUUAAUCCCAAAUUCAGUAUUGAUGAUGAUAAUAUACCAUUACCAACUUUAAAUAACGACGAUUUCAAUAUGACUGCAUUUAAGAACAAUCUUUUUGAUACUGAUACUAUUAAUGAGAAUAACUCUUCUACACUAAACAAUAAUGUUUUAUCUACACCGGGAAGGCCGGAGAUCGGCAAUGAAACAUUCAUUAAUAAUAAUAUAAAUGAUUUUUUUAAUCAAUUGAACGACACAUCGAUGGAAAAGAAAUUUAUUAAACCAUCAAUGAUGUUAUCUGAAAAAGCUUCAAUUGCAGCUAAAUUGGCUAUCAAAGGAAUCCCUAAAGUUGAAACAUUCCCUACAAUAGAUACACAACCAUAUACCCAUCCAACAAGGAUUACUAAAAGAAAAUCGGUAUCCUCAAUGGCCUCAAGUGGGUCUACUAUACAUAAACAUGCAUACACUAAUGCAAGAAGAAAAUCAACCGUUGGUGUGGUAAGAUCAUCAUCAGCAAUGACACCAAAUGUAUCAAUUUCAGCUGUAACAAACAAUAAGAAUGUUUUAGCUAGCCCUACAUCUGGAUCUCAUUCCACAGACCAUGAGAAUAUUGAAGAGAAGCCAUUCCAAUGUGCAGAAUGCCCUAAGGCUUUUAAAAGAAGUGAACACCUUAAGAGACAUAUUAGAUCUGUUCAUUCAAAUGAAAGACCAUUUCCAUGUACUCUUUGUGAGAAGAAGUUUAGUAGAAGUGAUAAUUUAUCUCAACAUCUAAAGACGCACAAGAAACACGGUGAUUUCUAA